UAUGAGCACUCCAAGUCCAAAAGCUACCGCACCGCUUUCUUCUACGUCUCUAUCACAUUAUUGUUCGUGUUUUUGAAUUUCCACCGCAUUUCAUCCUCUCCAUUUCUUUUGCGAUUCACGAUUGUCUCCAAUUUCGAUUUCCUGCUCAACAAGGAAUGGAUGACUCCAAAGUUAGUGCCAACACUCCCGCCGACACCGCCGACCGACAACAAAACCCUACCAGUGGAGCUGACGCCGCCGAAAAUCUCCGCGGUAGAACUCCCUUUACGAACCUCAGUCAAGUCGAUGCGGAUCUUGCUCUUGCACGUACUCUCCAGGAACAGGAAAGAGCUUAUAUGAUGUUGACAAUGGGUGCUGGUGAUGGCAUUCCUUAUGGAAGUUGGGGGAAUGAGAGUUAUGGGCUUGGAAUUGAAAAUUAUGGUGAUGAUUAUGAUGAUCCUAGUGAAGAGGACUAUGAUGGUUCUGAUGUUGAGGUGGAGGAUGAUGAUGAUGAUGAUGAUGCAGAAGAUGCUUUUGAUGUACAUGCUCGUGGUGAAGGAGUAGAAGAUGAUAAUCAAACAGCAGAAUUGGAUCCCUCUUUGUUUUCCAGUGAUGAGGCCUUUGCUAGAGCAUUGCAAGAUUCUGAAGAACGGGAAAUGGCAGCCAGAAUGUUUGCACUAGCAGGGAUGAAUGAGAUGGUUGUUGGGGAUGAUGAAGACGUGGAUGAAGAUGAGGAGGAGCAAGCUGGAAUUCUUCCGGAUACAUGGGAAGAGGUUGAUCCUGACGAACUCUCGUAUGAGGAGCUGAUCGCAUUAGGUGAAGUUGUUGGAACAGAGAGCAGGGGUCUUUCUGCAGACACUAUAGCUUCUUUGGCUUCCGUCAACUAUAAAUCACAAGACACUCAGGAAGGGAUCAGUGAUUCCUGCGUUAUAUGUAGAUUGGACUAUGAGGAUGGCGAUGCUUUGACUGCUCUCUCUUGCAAACAUUUAUAUCAUCCAGAAUGUAUCAACAAUUGGUUACAAAUCAACAAGGUUUGCCCCGUGUGCAGCACCGAAGUAUCAAACUCUUCGGGGAAAAGCUAGUAAACUCCAUUAUCUAAUUCUUAUACGGUGUGGAGGAGGAGCAAAUAAAUGGGAUGCAGACAAGCUUUGUCUGUCAUGCAAGCUUGUAUCUUUUCGCAAAUUUCUUGGCAACAUUAUGUUAGCUUCUCUAGUUCAUGAAUUUUUUGAUAGUUCAGAUUAUUACAUCACUUUCUAUAGUGAAAUUAAAGUCAGAUUAUUACAUCA